AUGAAUGAAAUUCAACUCAACCAACAACAGCAAGAACAUUUGAACACAACUUUAGCACAACUCCAAUACUUCUUAAAUGUAUUACCAGAAUUACCAAAACUAACAAUUUAUCAUAUUACGAUGCCAAUGGAUCAUUACGAACGAUCAACAUUAGCCGAUUUAUAUGCUGAACUUGGU